GGAUAAGUUGAUGACAUGUUGCUAUGCACUGAGGGGGUUUCAAUAAGUUUGCAUGUGCUAUAUUGUAGAAAAAUGGAACCCCUUUUGUUGGGUUUGGUGGGUUUGUUGAUGCCUUGAUGGGAUGGGAACCCCUUAGUCUCCACUAGUGACAAGGCAAGAUAUCUACUUUAUUCUAGCUAAGGUAUUAUGUAGUGGCCAUUUUGCAAGGUAAGGUGGUCUUGUAAGUCAUUGCUAAAGCGUCUUACUCAGUUCUGGGUGUGCUUUAAAAUUUUCAAGAAAUGCACAGAAUGGCUCUGGUGAAUGCUCCUGCACUGCAAUUCAAGUCUUCAGCUAUGUUUGGGAUCUCUUCAAAACCAUUUAACUUCCUUCCCAUGCAGAGUAGAAGUAAGGGUUUCUCUGUGAGGCCAUUGGUUGUUGAAGUGAGAGCAAGAGCAAGAGCAAGAAAAGAAAGUGCAAAAAUCAGAAAUAUAAGGAUGCAAAAGAAGUUUAAUGGCACACCUACGAGUCCAAGGCUUUCGGUAUUCUGUUCAGAUAAGCAGUUGUAUGCUAUGCUGGUAGAUGAUAAAAAUAAGAAGUGUUUGUUUUAUGGAAGCACUUUGCAGAAAUCUAUUCGUCAGAAUCCCUCUUGUACCACCACAGAAGCUGCUAAGCUUGUUGGUGAGGAGCUUGUCAAAGCUUGUAAUGAUCUAAACAUAAAUGAAAUAUCAUCUUAUGAUCGCAAUGGUUUUGCUUGUGGGGAAAGAAUGCAAGCAUUUGAGAUAGCAAUUUCUCGUCAUGGGUUCUUGCCACGAUAGAUUUGUAUCUACAUCAAAUUGAGCACUUGAUAAUUUUUGUAACUAGAGCUCUGCAAUAAAGAACUCGGUUAACUUCUUGCUAGCUAGGAUGUUCAAACUGUUACACGUGGUUCUUUUAUCUCUAUAUAU